AUGGGACUAUUCGAGGAGGAGGAAAAACACAAUGAGCAAGAAUCGAUGGUGUUGUUCGGGGAGAAACACGAGCAAUUGAAUUUGAUAGGAUUGUUCAAAGUGGAGAAGGAACAUGAGAAGCGAGAUUCAACAGUGAUGUCCGAGGAGGAACAUGAUAAGUUGGAUUCGAUGGGGUUGUUUGAGAAGGAGGAGGAACAUAAUGAGAUGUUGGUUUAUUGCAUCAUAAAUGUUAAGACUCUUCUCCAAACCCUAGCCGCUUUCAAUUCCAUGGAUAUAGAGAGUGACGAUCCUACUGAAGAUCACUUCGAUUCCGACCAUCUCGCUGCCUCCCUGCCAUCAGAAAUUAUUAUAGAAAUCCUAAUCAAACUACCCGUCAAAUCCCUCCUCCAAUUUAUGUGUGUCUGCAGAUCCUGGUGUGCUUUGAUCUCUAAUCCUAUAUUUGUCAAGAAGCAUCUGAGAGCUGUAACCGAAGACGAGAAUUAUGAACACCAUAGACUCAUUACGAAAUCCUUUUGUGCUGAUGUAGAAUGGAGUUCUCUCUUAUCUGUUCUGCGUGAAGAAUCUCCUAUUGGAACACAUGCCCUCGAUUAUCCAAUGAAGCACCCAUGCGACUGGGUUGGCUUAAUUGGUUCCUUGAAUGGGUUGGUUUGUAUUUCUAUAGAUCAGUCUUUUAUAUUUUUAUGGAACCCAUCUACAAGGAUAUCAAAGAGGCUUCUUCAUAGUAACACUACACAUCAUCGACGUCAAGAUGUAAGAUAUGGGUUUGGCUAUGAUGAAGGUAGUUCCGAGUAUAAGGUGGUUUAUAUUUACACUGUAUUCAAUUAUCUUGAAUUCUCAUUCGAUACCAACGUUAAGAUUUAUGGGUUAAAGAGUGAUUCAUGGAAGACUGUUGAAAAUUACCCUAAAUGCUAUACUAUGAGUACUAUGGGCGUUUUUGUCAGUGGGUCACUUCACUGGGAUUCAGAUAUCAAAAGCGGGAUUAAUAAUUAUCAUAGUAUCAUCUCUUUAGAUUUGUCGAAAGAAACUUUUUCUGUAAUCUCAUCACCCUGUUCUAGGCAGGAGGGUAAUUUGAAUUUAAAGAUAGGGGUUUUAGGUGGAUGCCUCGCUUUGUUUAGUAACUUUGUUGGGAAAAAAAUUGAUGUAUGGGUGAUGAAGGAGCAUGGAAAAAUAGAGUCUUGGUCUAAAUUGUUUUCAUUACCCACUUUAUAUGUUCCAAUAUUUUGCUUUUGUUCUACACCCUUGUGUAUUUCCAAGAGAAAUGAAGUGUUUUUGGUUAAUGGACCGCAUUUGGUGGUGUAUAAUCUGGAGACUAAAACGGUCAGGCAUUCCCUCAUUGACAAGUUCUACUAUGUCCUAGAAGCGGUCACUUAUUGUGAGAGUCUAGUCACACCUUUUCCUGAAUGA